GAUGAUGAGCCUCCCACCAAAGGGAAGAAAAAGAAGAAGAAAAAGGAGGAAGAGAUCGAUAUUGAUGUGGAUGACCCAGAAGUUAGCCGCUUUCAGUAUCCCUUUCAUGAACUGAUGGUGUGGGCUGUGCUGAUGAAGCGGCAAAAGAUGGCACUCUUCCUUUGGCAGCGAGGGGAGGAAACCAUGGCCAAGGCACUUGUGGCAUGUAAACUGUACAAGUCUAUGGCCCAUGAGUCUUCGGAGAGUGAGCUGGUGGACGACAUCUCUCAGGAUCUGGACAACAACUCAAAAGAUUUUGGCCAGCUGGCUGUUGAACUCUUGGAUCAGUCCUAUAAACAUGAUGAGCAGAUUGCCAUGAAACUACUGACCUACGAACUGAAAAACUGGAGUAAUUCUACCUGCCUAAAACUGGCUGUGGCAGCUAAACACAGGGACUUUAUUGCCCACACGUGCAGCCAGAUGCUUUUAACAGAUAUGUGGAUGGGGCGACUACGCAUGCGGAAAAAUCCAGGCCUUAAGGUUAUAAUGGGGAUUCUUUUCCCUCCCACCAUCCUUUUCCUAGAGUUUCGGAGUUACGAUGAUUAUUCUUACCAGACAUCAAGAGAAAAUGAAGAAGGCAAAGAAAAGGAGGAGGAAAAUGUGGAUGCAAAUGUGGAUACAGGCUCCCGAAAAGGAGAUGAAGAGAAUGGAAAUAAAAAGCAAAAUAGCCUUCCUAUUGGAACAAAGAUCUAUGAAUUCUAUAAUGCACCUAUUGUCAAAUUUUGGUUCUACACAAUAUCAUACCUCGGUUACUUGAUGCUAUUUAAUUAUAUCAUCUUGGUGCGGAUGGAGCGGUGGCCAUCAGUCCAGGAAUGGAUUGUCAUCUCCUACAUUGUGACCCUGGCUUUAGAGAAAGUAAGAGAGAUUCUGAUGUCAGAGCCUGGCAAGCUGAGCCAAAAAGUGAAAGUUUGGCUCCAGGAAUACUGGAAUAUUACUGAUCUGGUGGCUAUUUCAGUGUUUAUAAUAGGAGCAAUUCUUCGCCUACAGAACCAGCCUUACAUGGGUUAUGGAAGAGUGAUUUACUGCGUAGAUAUAAUUUUCUGGUACAUUAGAGUACUAGAUAUCUUUGGUGUGAACAAAUAUCUGGGACCUUACGUCAUGAUGAUUGGAAAGAUGAUGAUUGACAUGCUCUACUUUGUGGUCAUCAUGCUUGUGGUUCUGAUGAGUUUUGGAGUAGCCCGCCAAGCUAUCCUGCACCCAGAUGAGGAGCCUUCGUGGAGACUAGCUCGCAACAUCUUCUACAUGCCCUACUGGAUGAUCUAUGGAGAGGUGUUCGCAGACCAGAUAGACCUCUAUGCCAUGGAAAUUAAUCCUCCUUGUGGAGACAAUCUUUACGAUGAUGAUGGUAAACGCCUCCCUCCAUGUAUACCAGGGGCCUGGCUCACUCCUGCUAUUAUGGCCUGUUACCUCUUGGUAGCAAAUAUCCUGUUGGUAAACCUGCUGAUUGCUGUCUUCAACAAUACAUUCUUUGAGGUAAAAUCAAUAUCCAACCAAGUCUGGAAGUUCCAGCGGUACCAGCUGAUUAUGACGUUCCAUGACAGACCUGUCCUUCCACCACCAAUGAUUAUCUUCAGCCACAUCUACAUAAUCAUCAAGCGAAUCUGUUGUCGCUGCAAGAAGGGUGAAGGAGACCAGGAUGAGCGUGACAGGGGACUGAAGUUGUUUCUGAAUGAUGAGGAGCUAAAAAAACUGUAUGAGUUUGAAGAGCAGUGUGUAGAUGAGUACUUCCAGGAAAAAGAGGAUGAGCAGCAAUCUUCUAAUGAUGAACGCAUCAGAGUUACCUCUGAAAGAGUUGAAAAUAUGUCUAUGAGGCUAGAAGAAGUGAAUGAAAGAGAACAUUUUAUGAAAGCUUCUCUUCAAACAGUUGACCUUCGACUCUCUCAGUUGGAAGAACUAUCUGGUCGGAUGGUGAAUGCUCUAGAGAAGCUGGCAGGUAUUGACAAAUCUGAGCUGACAUACACACGUUCUCGGGCUUCAUCUGAGUGUGAUGCUGCGUAUCUCUUAAGGCAAAGCAGUGUUAACAGCUCUGAUGGCUACAGCAUGUACAGAUACCAUGUCGGUGGUGAUGAAUUAACAUAUGAUGACAGUACUGCUCCAAUGUCACCAGCCAUGGGAUUGCGUAAAAAAGCCCAUUCCCUUGGUACCAAAGAAGAUGGAGCAGACCCAAGGAUGCUGGUUCCAGAACACCACACCAGUCUCCAUUAUACCUCUAGUGCUAAUGCAGUCACCACAGCAGAUUACAGUAAAUCUACAUUAGAAAUUGCACAGAAUGUUUCCAGACCCCAUUCUUGUUCAGGAGGUUUUGAGGAUGAAAAGCAGGGGAUUUUCAAGAGUGAUGGAAUGGUUCCUCGAAGCAUGAACCAGAUGGAUGCUGUUACAAACAGACAGUCAGUACCAAGAUCAGAUUUUCAGAAUACUCAGGUAAAAGUAGAACGUACCAAGUUAGAAGCAACCAUCUCUUAUCCCUUGGAAAAAUCUAAAGCAAUGCGCUAUUUUCCUCCUGAAACAUUCAGUGCUUGUCAAACCACUAUGAUGAAGUCGAGGAGCUUUAUAUUUGCACAUGGUGGGAAGCUGGUCGGAGGAGUUAAUAACUGGACCACAGAGUAUAGUACCAUCAUGGAUCAGGUGUGCCCUUCUACAAUUGAACAAUGGGCCACAGAGUGGAAAUACGAAGUUGAGCAGCAACUUUCUCAAGAGCGUCCUCCAGAAUACCCUGGUGUUAUCUCUGAAGCAGAAAGGCAAGCAGAGCAGAAACAGUUGCAGAUGGACACAGACGACAGUGAUGUUGGUGAAGUAGGUAUGAGUGCCUCUUACACCUCUAUGCCUGCCACUGUCAAGGCUGAGAAUUUAUUGUCAGUAAAGCCAGAAAGGACUUCGGGGUUCCCAUCAGUACGGUCAAAGAGUUUGCACAGCCAUUCUCGGAAAGCCAAGUCUGUAAAGGACAAGUUAAAUAGACCAGGACAUGCCAGCAGUGUAACUAAUUUGGUGGUAGCAUUUGGGAGUGCAACAGAAGAACAGAGGGCUAGGCAAGACAAUGCAUCCACAGAAACGGAAUGUUAA